AUGGCUCCACAGACCAAAGUCGAUCGCUCGUUCAGCGCGUUGACGCCGGCGCUGUCGGAAUGGAUCGUCGACGCCGUCGACGCCAUGGGCUUCGUCAAGACUACGCCAGUCCAGCAUGCUGCCAUCCCAUUGUUCAUGAAAAACUCCGAUGUCGUGGUUGAGGCUGUCACGGGAAGCGGAAAGACUUUAGCGUUUCUGAUACCCAUUGUAGAGCGGCUGUUGCGACUCGACGCUCCCCUAAAGAAGCAUCACGUGGGCGCAAUCAUCAUUUCACCAACCAGGGAACUGGCCACUCAGAUACAUACGGUCCUUGCCUCGCUCCUCAAGUUCCACGCCCCUUCGGCAGCCCUACUUCAGCCGGAUGAUGAAGAUUCUGACAUGGAAGACGUCGAUGCCCCCCCGAAGCCAACCUUCCCUCCGGGAACUCUCAAAGUGGUACCUCAGCUCCUCCUUGGUGGAUCCAUCACUCCAGCUCAGGACCUCAGCGUCUUCCUCAAAAGGUCGGCCAACAUCCUGAUUGGCACGCCUGGGAGACUCCUCCAAUUACUCACGUCUCCCCACGUCCAUUGCCCACAAUCUUCUUUCGAUGCUCUCGUGUUGGACGAAGCGGAUCGUCUGUUGGAUCUCGGCUUCAAGGAAGAUCUGCAAAGAAUUCUCUCCCGCUUGCCUAAGCAACGACGAACGGGCCUGUUCAGCGCCAGUGUGAGCGAGGCCGUCGACCAGCUCAUCCGGGUGGGUCUGCGCAACCCUGUCCGCAUUGCUGUCAAGGUCAAGACAAGAGCAGCGUCCAACGGCAACACGGGAGAAGAAGGCAAGAUUGAAGACAAGCGAACACCAGCUAGUUUGCAGAUGUCAUACCUUGUUACACCUCCCUCGCACAAAAUACCGGCUAUUAGACAAAUUUUGUCCUCUCUAGAACCACAGCCCCAGAAAACCAUCUUUUAUCUUGCGACAUGUUUUGCCGUGGACUACUUCCAGCACAUCUUGCCUGAGGUCUUGGACGGGUAUGCUGUUGUCCCGCUACAUGGAAAGCAUCCAGACAAAGUCCGACGUAAGAAUUUCAACAAGUUUGUCGACAGUGUCACACCAUCCAUCCUCCUCACCACCGACGUUGCCGCGCGCGGUCUCGACAUACCGUCCGUUGAUCUAGUCUUACAGCUAGACCCACCAAGCGACCCAAAAACUUUCAUUCACCGUUGCGGUCGUGCCGGGCGAGCAGGUCGUAAAGGGUUAGCCGUCACGUUUCUCAAUCCAGGCCCCGAAGAAGACUAUAUCGAGUUUCUGCGCGUACGACAAACUCCCAUUACACCUUUAUCAUCUCCCGAUUGCAUCAUUACACCCGAGGAUGCCGAGGCAGUUUCCAAGAAGAUAAGAUGCUUGGUGGCAACAGACAGAGCUAUCUACGACAAAGCGCAACGUGGCUUCGUCUCCUGGGUCCGCGCAUACAGCAAACACACGGCAUCCUCCAUAUUCCGGGUCCCGGACCUUCCGUGGUCGGAGUUGGGUCACGCAUGGGGUCUCCUGCGUUUGCCACGCAUGCCCGAGCUCAAGACUUGGGACGGCGAUAAGAGCCUCGGUGUGGCGAUGGAUUUUGAUACUUUUGCGUACAAAGACAAAGUACGUGAGAAGCAGCGCCUAGCUGAGCUAGAAACGCCCGAGGCGAGAAAAAAGCAUGUCAAGGAAAAGCCGAGGGAGGAAUCGGCGUGGACGGAAAAGAAGGGACUGAAGGCUUACAAGGAUGUGAGGAGGGAGAAGAAGGUGGCGAAACGUGAACAUGAUCGUGUGGCCAAGUUGACAGACGAAGAGCGUAGAGAGGAGGAGAAGCUGCAGGGUAUGAUUGAGCAGAUGCGGAAGAGUGUUGCUGCCAAGGAAAAGCAGGACAUGGAAGACGAGUUUGAGGGAUUUAGCGACUAA